GAGGGUGAGCGGGGGGAGAUAUGGCGGCGUCGAUGAAGCAGGAGUUGACCGUGUUGAUGAAUUCCAGCGGUUCCCACAAGGAUCUGGCCGGCAAGUAUCGCCAGAUCCUGGAAAAAGCCUUGCAGUUAACAGGGGCUGAGCAGCUGGAGGCUUUGAAGGCCUUUGUGGAGGCUAUGGUUAAUGAAAAUGUCAGUCUAGUGAUAUCCCGGCAACUGCUGACUGACUUUUGCUCCCACCUACCAAGUCUUCCAGAUGCUACAGCUAAAGAAAUCUACCACUUCACUUUGGAAAAGAUCCAGCCUCGAGUCAUUUCAUUUGAAGAGCAGGUGGCUUCCAUACGACAGCAUUUAGCCACCAUCUAUGAGAAGGAAGAAGACUGGAGAAAUGCUGCUCAAGUUUUGGUGGGAAUUCCGUUAGAAACUGGGCAAAAGCAAUAUAACGUGGAUUAUAAACUCGACACCUAUCUGAAAAUUGCUCGUUUGUACCUGGAAGAUGAUGAUCCUGUGCAGGCAGAAGCUUACAUAAAUCGGGCCUCUCUACUUCAAAACGAAUCCACCAAUGAACAACUGCAGAUACAUUACAAGGUAUGCUAUGCCCGUGUCCUCGACUACAGAAGGAAAUUUAUUGAAGCUGCACAACGAUAUAAUGAACUUUCAUAUAAAUCUAUAGUACAUGAGACUGAGCGACUAGAAGCAUUAAAGCAUGCACUACACUGCACCAUUCUAGCAUCAGCAGGACAGCAGCGUUCCCGUAUGCUGGCAACCCUGUUCAAGGAUGAACGCUGCCAGCAGCUUGCAGCUUAUGGCAUUCUAGAGAAGAUGUAUCUGGAUAGAAUUAUUCGAGGGAACCAGCUGCAGGAGUUUGCUGCCAUGCUGAUGCCUCAUCAGAAAGCCACAACUGCUGAUGGUUCCAGCAUACUGGACAGGGCAGUCAUUGAACACAAUCUACUUUCUGCUAGUAAACUGUACAAUAAUAUUACAUUUGAAGAGCUUGGAGCUUUGCUUGAAAUACCACCAGCCAAGGCAGAAAAAAUUGCCUCUCAGAUGAUCACUGAGGGUCGAAUGAAUGGGUUUAUUGAUCAAAUUGAUGGAAUUGUCCACUUUGAGACUCGUGAAGCUUUGCCCACAUGGGACAAACAGAUCCAAUCCCUUUGUUUCCAAGUGAACAAUCUACUGGAGAAGAUCAGCCAGGCUGCCCCUGAGUGGACAGCACAGGCAAUGGAAGCUCAGAUGUCACAGUAGUAUCCCAACCAAGUGUAUGGAAUAGUAACCACUUUCAAUAUUCAGUGAUCCCGCAUUUAACAUACUGAAUUUGUUUCUUCCACAAUUUAAUUUGCAUUUGUAGUUAUUUAAGACUGUUUUAUAAAAAUAGGAUGCCCAUUUCCAACAUGUCUGCUUUGAAUUUGGACGUAUUUCUUUAGUUGCACUGGAUUCAAAAUAGCAUCAUAGUCACUGUUUGUGGGAGUCCUGUUAGUAAACGCAGAGGUGAGAUUUGUUUCCAGUGAGCUUGGUUGCUCUUUAUUGAAUUCAAAAGACUAAGUCAGUUUGCGAUGGAAUGGUGUGGUUUAAUUGGGAAAUUUCAGAUCUUUAUUUCUGAACCUUUAUCAAACAAAACAAACCAACAUUGUUUCUGUGAAUUAUUUACUGAACUCCAAAGAAACCAAAAAGGAUCAAAUCUAUGCUCACAGAACCUGUUCAAGGAAAUAAACCUGUCUUAAAGGAGUUAGUGGCACUAAUUGUAUUACUUUGAGAAUAUCUUAUUUCCAUUAAAUUAAUUGUAUAUUUAAAAAGCCCCUUUGCUGUUGCUAUGACAAAAAGUUGUUUUUGGUUUUAUAGAUUUUCUUCUUUAAAAAAAAAACAAUAAUAGGUUGACUUUUCUCUUUGCUCUUCAAGUUGACUGAUCAUAUUUAUGAAGAAACAUUUUUCCAUUAUAUCUACUUAUGAUAUUCUACAAGUUAGAUGCAGAGCUUUCCUACACCACAUGAACAAAGAAUCCUAACUAAUUCCUGAACAGUAACAUGGCUCCCUAAUUUCUCAGCAGCUAACUUUGUUAACUUUGAGUCAGGUCAGCAAUCCAUUCGAUAAGAAUGGGUUUGCAUUGGUGGAAUGGAUUGACAUAUUUGAAUUCAUAACCUUACUAAGCUCAAUAAGAUCCCCCACAACAUUUUUCUUUUGAGCAGAGAAAUUUCUACUUAAAUCAAAAUAAGUAGUUUAUAGUUAUAUUAAAAUUUAGCAAAUUCAAAGUUUGUUUUUUCUUAUUGCUGUGAUUCUUUUGUACUUGAGGAAUGUGUCCAAGAUUAUCUCAGUUAAAAUAGACCCAGCAGCAAACUGUUUGUGUGUUUUAAAAGUGCGGAAGGUUAUUUAUUUACCUCAGAUGUUUAAAAUGUUUUAUUCUCACAUACUGUUGUAUACUCAGAAUAGAUACAAAUGAAUAUAAAACAAUCUAAUUGAAAGGUU